UGUUUAGAUUUAUACAUAGUUUCGUUUUUCAGUAAAUGAAAGUACAACCCCAGAAGACAGACUCCCAAACAGACUGAAGCUCGGAAGAGACAUGGACCCGAAGGCAGCUGUCGCCGUUGGAGUAGGGGCAGGAGCAGGAGCAAUCGUUGCUGUCCUAGGGAUUCCUCUUGUCUUGGGAGUCAUAGGUUUCACCUCGGCUGGAAUAGCAGCGGGCUCAUAUGCAGCCGGCAUGAUGUCAUCAGCUGCAAUAGCUAAUGGAGGAGGAGUGGCAGCAGGAGGUCUGGUGGCUACUUUGCAAUCAAUAGGUGCAGCUGGUCUGUCUGGAGCUGCGACCACAGCUGUGUCUGGUGUUGGAGCAGCAGUGGGAUGGCUGGUCGGCCACAUCCGCAAAAAGGCAUAAAGGAACAAGAUGGAGCCAAAUCUCAGACAACUGAAAUGUUUUAGUUUCUGCUUCCAACACGUAAAUCCUAUCAAGCCCUUCAAUACAUUGAUGGACAUGAACAACAGUCCCUGCAUACGUCCCUGGAUCUGGAGCCUCCUGUGGGAAAGGAGAAGUGGGUUAAGGCCUUUUAACCCGCAGCAGUGGUACUCCUUAGGGAUGUGUCUAAUCACACUGGCUCUUCUCCUUAUACGCUAUCAGUUUUACAGCCUCCUGAAUUUUAAUCCUUGCAUUGUGAUACAUUCAGCUCGUCAUUGUCUGGGACUAUUGUGAUUAGUAUUUAUUGUGUAAUGUGUUUUGUGCAAGAGGUAGAAAACUUACAACUACCAGAAUGCACUGCACCACACCAGACCAAUAAUGCUCCCGCAGGAACACUGCUCAGCCUUGCAGCCAAUUUUCCCCAGUGGCCACUUGCAGUAUUCUGACUGAUGCCCAUGAUCGUAGACCUCUCGUCCUGAAACACCUCCUCCUUAACAAAUCUUGAUACUUGGCCACUGCAGCCAUGUCAGUAAUGAUGCUUACCAUUGGGUAUGUCCACCUGACAACUUGAAGAGAAAAUGACCAUCUCUAAAUUUAUCAGGCCAUUACUUAAGUUUUUCAUUCAAUUCUCCACUUUUAUUGCAACAUUGCAACAUAACUGUUGGUAAUAUAAUCACAAUUACUGCACACAUUAUAUAUUUCUUUUUGCUUAUUGUGUUACUUAAGUUAGUGUUUCAUUUAUUAAUAGGUACAUUAUCUAUAUUUAGGUAGUAAUAGGAAAAUUACUUGUAAAUUAUUUCAUUUUGCAUUUAUAGUAGUUGGUAUAGCCUAUUGUUUCAUUUGUAUUUUGUUUCAUUUGUAUUUUUAUGUGUGGUGUUUCAAUUGAUUCAUUGUGUUUCCAUGGUUAUGAGUUCCUACCUUGUGGGGACAGAUAUGAGUGAUACACCUCGUGCCUAACAGUGAACAGAAGUUGCUGUACCCAUAGACAUAUAUACAUACAUACAUAUAUAUGUCAAUGGCUGUACCCCUAAGUUGGGAUGUGUUAGUAGUACUGUCUUGUAGUGUUGGUAAAAUUAAACGAAGAGGAAGAAACCAGAGCCCUUGAAUGGAAGGAAAGUUAUAUUCUACGGCAGUGGAAGAAACAAAUGUUGUGGCCCGCUUAUCACAGCCCGGAAGAACUGGGGAACACCAACAACCAGGAAAACAGUUAACGUUACAGUAAACAUGAACAUUAAACAUCAAGACAUUUUAUCCUUAAACCA